UCAUUUUUAUAUCAUCAACUCUCCCUCGUGGUGGUAUCCCAUGCUUAUUUGCUUCCUUCUUCUCUUCAAAUUUCACUACCCCACUUGAUUUUCUUAACUCUUUGUCUUAUUCUAUAUUUCCCUCUACAUCAUCUAAUCAGGUGGAGCUCACUUAGGGUUUAUAUAUAGUGAUGGAGAAAGACGAGAACUACUCGGCCAGUUUUCCGGGGCUAGAUUACUCUCUGGAGAAUCAUCAACAUCAAGAUCAUCAUGCCAUGAAGCCGCCGCGUAUAGGCGAGAGUUCUGGUGAUAAUAAUAACCAUGAAAUGGUUGAUUAUAUGCUCAAUAAUCCUCAAGCCCAACAACUACAGAUUUCUUCAGGGUUUUGCACUUCUAUUUCUUUUGAUAAACUGAGCUUCGCAGAUGUGAUGCAAUUUGCGGAUUUUGGCCCUAAGUUGUCUUUAAAUCAAACCAAGAUUCCUGAGGAAGAAACGGGGAUCGACCCGGUUUACUUUCUUAAGUUUCCUGUGUUGAAUGAUAGAUUGGAGGAUCAAUCUCUUAUGGCUCCACAACCAGGUGUAAGUAAUGAAGAGAGUAAUUUUAAAGGAACAGAAAAUAGAGAGAAUGAAGAAGCUAGGGUUUCGGAAAACAACCCGGUGCAACUCAGAUUUCUUGGUGAUGAUAUCCAAAACAAAAGCUAUAGUCCUCCAGCUGAAGCUAAAAACAAGAGAAAAAGACCAAGAACUAUCAAGUCAACUGAAGAAGUUGAGAGCCAAAGAAUGACCCAUAUCGCGGUCGAAAGAAAUCGAAGGAAGCAAAUGAAUGAACAUCUCAGAGUUUUGAGGUCUCUCAUGCCUGGCUCAUACGUUCAAAGGGGAGAUCAAGCUUCAAUUAUAGGCGGAGCCAUCGAGUUUGUGAGAGAGUUGGAGCAACUACUUCAAUGCUUGGAGUCACAGAAACGAAGAAGACUAUUAGGAGAAACACCCGGUGGCGGGCAGCAAAUGGGAGAUUCAUCAUCUAUGACACUCCAACAGCAACAACCUUCACUAUUUCCUCCUCCUUCGUCUUUUCCGAAAGAUCAAAUGACGCUUAUGGACUAUGAAACCGGCCUUCGAGAGGAAUCGGCCGAAAACAAGUCUUGUUUGGCAGACGUUGAGGUGAAGCUUCUAGGGUUUGACGCCAUGAUUAAGAUUCUCUCGAGAAGAAGGCCGGGCCAGCUCAUCAAGACCAUUGCCGCACUAGAGGAUUUGCAGUUCAAUAUCCUCCAUACCAACAUCACCACCAUCGAACAAACUGUUCUAUAUUCUUUUAACGUUAAGGUAGCAAACGAAUCAAGGUUCACUGCUGAAGAUAUAGCAAGUUCUGUCCAACAGAUAUUCAGUUUCAUUCAUGCAAAUAGCACCUAUGAUGCAUGAAUUAAAUUAACGAAGAAACGACUUCUUCUGUUUUGUCAAAGAUACCCACCUGGAUUCUCUCAGUACUUUGGAUUUUCUAAUCAAAUUUUCCCAUUAGUUAUUUUCUAUUUUUACACUCUGUAUGUCUAUUCUCUUGCAACUAAGAGACAAUAAUUUUUUUAUCAAUCCAUGUGCGUAUAUUUUCUAGGUUUAACUUUUUACAGCCCUUAAUAUUAUGACAAAUAAGCCCAUGCGCAAAUAUAUUUGUUUCUCUUUCGAUCUGUCUUUGUCAUGUGUAAUAAUUUGAAGAUGUCGUGGAGGAGAAGAGAGGGUUGAAGUUUGGAGACAAGUUCUGUAAAUGGUGUUAAUUUGAUUGCAAAUAAUGGGCGUUACGAGAGAGAAGGAAGUCAACGAGUCCCGUCACAUCUGGCCGUGGUUGACUUGUCAGAAAUCAAAGUCUUUGUAAGUAUUAGGCAGUACUCCGAUAUUGCCAUGUGCAUGUUGGGUCCUUUCAUCUUCUGGUUCCUUCAGAUCCUUCUUUCUUUGUUGCUCACUUAGAUCAUGUUUGUACUCUUAAAUAGUGUUUUAAUUAAUUUAGGGAAAUUGAAAUUUUUACAUUGUUUUUU